AAAACAAACCCAGAGGGAUAAAUAUCUGGCUUUGACGUCUGACUUUAAAGCAUAUUUUCCCCAAAUGCCAUUGCGAUUAAACAAGAGGUGUGAGGAGUGAUACUUUAUUAGGUGUCUUGGAGAAGCAACGUGUGCUUGUAGUGGUAGUUUAUGCUUAUGCGUUAGCUAGCAUGCUAAGCUUUCGCCUCAGUUGCCUUAACAAUCAGCCCUGCACUUUGAAACUGGCCUAGCAGCUACUAAACCAGUGAUAACUCAUUUCCUACGUUGCCUUUUACUGCCUGGAAUAACAACCUCCAGUAUGGGGAUGUGCAUGGCGUGCCUUGGAGGAGCAGCAGACGACGUUGUUGUCACUCCAGAUCCAGAGAUAAGGAGACGACAAUUAGCUGAGGCCGCUGAGAAGAGACAAAAAGAGACAACAUACAGGGGUGUUAAAAAUCCAGAAGCUGUGAGAAAAAAGAAAAAACAAGAAGGGAUUGAAAAACAGGAGAUGACCUCCUCGGUGUCUGGUGGUGGCGGCGGCGGGUUGAAGUGGCAGGUGGGCUGAAAAUCAAGAUGGUAACAGCUAAAGUCUUGACUCUGAAGUUCAAAACAACAUGAAGUAUUGCGGCAAGAUGACUUGAAAGAUGUUUGAACUGCAAUCCAUUUUUUUUGUUGCCUAAUUUAUGAUGUUAUGAGACAAACAACAACAGUUUUCGUGCUUUAUGCAAAUCAGUUUGAAGUGAUUAAAGACAGAACAGCAGGACUUGCCCCCUUGUUGCCAAGUUAUACAAGUCGUUUAGACCUUUUGGAAAAGUUAGGGAUGACACAGAACAUUUAGAAGCAUGAACAGGUCCUAUUGUAUUAGUGUUAUUUGACCAUUAAUUAGACAGUCUGACGGUGACCAACACGAGAUAACACAAAAGAAUAUGAUUCUAAUAAUAUUCUUAUCUGACGACUGUUGUCACUGUAAGACAAAACUGUCCAACACUUUUCAUAUUUUUUUUUUUUUUUUUACUACACUGCUUUUGGUUUGCAUAUUCGAGGAUGUGUUAAUUCACCUUGGCCACAUUACUUUUUGUAUGACUUCUCCUAAAGUCAGUUAUGCAAAUGACACAUUUCACAAGUGUAACACAGUUCAUGUUUACAAAAAUACAAAGUGUGCUUAUUGUAUUUAGUAUACAGUAACACGCAUUUCACUUUUAUUUUAUUGUGGGCUCUAUUUGGUGGCAACGCAAAGACUUGUGCUAAUAGUGCUUUAACUUUUAGAUAUUUAUUGAACUUGUAAUGCACGUUGCCUGCCCCUGAUUUGUCCUUGUUGUAUAUUGUGAUGAGAAUAUGUUCGUACUUGGUGCAACGUCAGUUAAUCACUAAUUUGUUGAUUCCAUCAUGAAGUACAAACUACAUACUUGACAAAAUAUGCAGCAGCAAUAGUAUGCUGCUGAUUAAUAUAAAACAACACUAACACAUUCUCCAACCAGUAAAAAUGAAAAGGAGGUGCACUAGGAUACACCGUUAAUGACCUUGGGCACAUGGCCUAUUAAUCUGUGCACUGGUCUUUGCCAUUACUUCUUUAAUAGAGCCCUCUUUGUUUUUUCUCUGCACAGUUUGAGUUUGUUGCAUUGAAUUGUAAUGUUUUUGGAACAUUGAUGUGAUGCCUGCUUAAUUUAAAUGAAAUGUUUGUGAAUUGCCAUAUUACAAACAGAAGGUUUCGUUAGACAUGUAUUUUCACACAUUUUGUCUUCAAUUGUUGAACAGCAAACAUGCUUGCUCACACUCUUAUGUUGGGAGAGAUUUGUGUCACCUACAAUGGAAACAGAAAGAUACUGAAGGAAAAGAACAAGUGAAGUGUGUACAGUACUUAGAUAAAUAUUAACUUUGACUUGCCGAACUGAGUGCAUUUCUUACAGUCGUCACUUGAAGUGCUUCCGGUGCUCUUGCCAUUUUGUAGAACAGGAAAUUUAACCAAUGUUAUUUGUUACAAUAAAUCACAUUUCUGCU